CUAUUCUUCAGCACAAAACAAAACACCAAAUUUUCUUCUCAAUUGCUGAUCGCUCAACCUCUGCAAUCCCCAAUGGCGUCUACACGACCAAUUACUACAGCUUUUCGAAGCUCGCCUCGUGCUCAAUUGCGUUCCGUCUCCACGUCGUCCCCCGCUGCUCCACCCACAUCACCAUUUGCUCCUCGACAUUUGCUAUCGAUAGCAGACCUUACUCCCUCAGAACUCACCACACUCAUCCGUAAUGCACACCACCAUAAGUCAGUUAUCAAACCUACGGGUCAAGUGCCUUUGUCCCUCCGAAGUGGAUUGGCUGGAAAGACAGUCGCGAUGACCUUCAGCAAACGAAGCACUCGCACUAGGUUGUCUGCUGAGGGUGCUGUCGUUGCGCUGGGAGGCCAUCCUAUUUUCUUGAGCAAAGAUGACAUUCAAUUGGGAGUCAAUGAGUCAGUAUACGACACCGCCGUUGUCGCGUCAAGUAUGACUGCAGCCCUCAUAGCUCGAGUGGGCCCGCAUUCGGACGUCGCAGACCUAGCAAAGUACUCCUCUGCUCCUGUCAUCAAUGCCCUCUCCGAUCUCUAUCAUCCACUCCAGACCCUCGCCGACUUCCUCACGAUUGCCGAAACAUACCCCUCGAACUCAGCAGGAUCGCUUGGACUAGAGGGCCUCAAGAUCGCUUGGGUUGGUGAUGCCAACAAUGUUUUGUUUGACCUCGCCAUUGGUGCCGCGAAGUUGGGUGUAGAUGUCGCCGUCGCAACGCCCAAAGGAUACGAGAUUCCCGAGGAGAUGCGUGGAGUUAUUGACCAAGCAGCUGCCACGGCGCCUAAGGCUGGUUCCCUGUUGGAGACGAACGUGCCCGAAGAAGCUGUCAAGAACGCGGAUAUCCUCGUCACAGACACUUGGGUCUCCAUGGGUCAAGAAGAGGAAACUGCCAAACGUCUUAAGGCAUUCGAGGGGUUCCAGAUCACGUCUGAGCUUGCUAAGCGCGGUGGCGCAAAGGACGACUGGAAGUUCAUGCAUUGCUUGCCUCGUCAUCCUGAGGAAGUCAGCGAUGAGGUCUUCCACGGGCCUAGGUCGCUUGUGUACCCCGAAGCUGAAAACAGGCUGUGGACUGCCAUUUCUGCACUCGAAGCAUUCGUGAUCAACAAGGGUCACAUCACCAAGGAUGCAUAAACAAUAACUACCAGAUGUGCAAUAGCUGAAGGCGAUCAAGACUCAUGAUAAAAUAGAACACCCAAUGAUAUAAACACUG